GAUGAUUAGGGAAUAACCAGACUGACACGUCGCAAAUUUGGCAUAAUCAAGGAGAACAUUUCCAGGUGGUGGUCUCUGAAAUUGCUCAGUGAGCACCUCUAAUUAACCUGAUUUUUUGGUGAUAAUCACUCUCAAUGGAAUCAAAUCAAAAAUCCGGGGAUGGAUUGGCCGGCACACAGAAAGAAGCUGCCCUUCGCACAAUAAGUCAGAGCACGGGAUAUAAAUUGCACCAGGAAAAUGGACAACGAAAGUAUGGAGGGCCACCACCAGGUUGGGAUGGACCACCACCAGAACGAGGCUGUGAAAUUUUCAUUGGAAAAUUACCCCGAGACCUCUUUGAAGAUGAACUUAUACCCUUAUGUGAAAAAAUUGGCAAAAUCUAUGAAAUGCGGAUGAUGAUGGAUUUCAAUGGAAACAACAGGGGCUAUGCUUUUGUAACAUUCUCCAACAAACAGGAAGCCAGGAAUGCAAUCAGACAACUCAACAAUUAUGAAAUCAGGAAUGGCCGUCUCCUGGGGGUUUGUGCCAGUGUAGACAACUGCCGUUUAUUUGUAGGAGGGAUCCCUAAAACCAAGAAAAGGGAAGAAAUCUUAGCAGAGAUUAAGAAAGUCACCGAUGGUGUUGUCGAUGUCAUCGUGUACCCUAGUGCAGCCGAUAAAGCAAAAAACCGUGGAUUUGCUUUUGUCGAGUAUGGAAGCCAUCGCGCAGCAGCCAUGGCGAGACGGAAACUGUUACCAGGAAGGAUACAAUUAUGGGGACAUCCAAUAGCCGUUGACUGGGCAGAGCCAGAGGUUGAGGUUGACGAAGACACAAUGUCAGCAGUCAAAAUCCUCUACGUGAGAAAUCUUAUGUUAUCAACUACGGAAGAGACAAUUGAAAAAGAAUUCAGCAACAUAAAACCAGGGUCAGUGGAACGAGUAAAGAAAAUCAGGGACUAUGCAUUUGUGCACUUCAACAACCGCGAAGAUGCUGUGGAAGCCAUGAAAGUCUUAAAUGGGAAGAUGGUGGAUGGUUCUCCCAUCGAAGUCACUUUGGCCAAGCCAGUCGACAAAGAUAGUUAUGUCAGAUACACCCGAGGCACCGGAGGACGAGGGGGAGCGGUGUUGCCAGAAUACACCUACACUUUUGGGCCUGUAUAUGACCCUGCUGCUACCUACCUGGGGACCCCAGUAUUCUAUGCACCUCAAGCCUAUGCUGCCAUUCCCAACCUCCACUUUCCUGCUGUGAAAGGACAUCUCGCCAACAGGGGCACCAUUAGACCUCCAUCCAUUAGAGAAAUUUACAUGAAUGUACCUGUAGGGGCUGCCGGAGUUAGAGGACUAGGAGGCCGUGGCUACUUGGCCAACCCUGCCCUCGGCCGUGGAUACCAGCUCAAAGGGGAGAAAAGAGACGAGGAGAAACUGUAUGACCUUUUGCCAGGAAUGGAGCUUACGCCAAUGAAUCACAUCAGUUUAAAACCACAAGGAAUUAAACUUGCCCCGCAGAUAUUGGAAGAGAUCUGCCAGAAGAAUAAUUGGGGACAGCCUGUCUAUCAACUUCAUUCAGCUGUUGGGCAAGACCAAAGACAGCUGUUCCUAUAUAAAAUUACUAUCCCUGCUCUUGCCAGUCAAAAUCCUACCAUGCAUCCUUUUACACCGCCCAAGCUCAGUCCUUAUGUAGAUGAAGCCAAAACAUAUGCAGCGGAAUAUACUCUUCAAACUUUGGGCAUCCCCACUGAGGGCACAGAGACGCCGGCUGCUACAGCAUCUUUUCCAGGAUAUAUCGCCAGCACAGCUGCAACUGUUGCAGCCACUCAGCUCAAGCAAGCCGUGACUCUCGGACAGGAUUUGGCCGCUUACGCAGCAUACGAAGCUUACCCAGCCUUUGCAGUGGCGACUCGUAGUGAUGGAUAUGGAGCUUUUUAACAGAUGUAUUCCACUGCUCUGUUUAAAGUAUUGGUUUCUCUCAGUCUUCAAUCAAGCUGUGACAAUGCAUUGGAGCUACUUU